UACAACGUUGUAUUAGGCAGGAUACCAUUAGGCACUCUGGUGAGUGCGGUUCGAAGAAAGUGGAGAACUGGAGAGAAAGAAAGAGGGAGCGAUUGGGAUGCUACAAUAACAGACAGACAGAACGAGAGGACACCACACAACGUGUUUGUUGGGCAACACGGAGAGGGAAGAGAGGACAAAAAAGCCGAACCGAGAGAGAAGAGCGCGAGUGGCGGUCUGGGUUUGGCAACCGGCUUGUUCGUAGUUCCCUCGAGCCAGCUGCAGCAGGCAGCACCGUGCAAAAUGCGCUAUUUACGGUUCUUCAUUCCUGCGUUCGGUUCGACAAUGGACUCGUUCUGCAACUGAGCCUGCCAACCUUGCAGCACACCGCGGACGGUAACCUACCCAUUUGAAUUUGAGGGAACUCUUACUGCAACAUGCAGUAAAAAGAACACACUGAGAUGUUUUUUUACACGAUACAGUGAAGGGGGAUCCCCACCGCCGUCAUUCUCUUUCCACAUACCGGUUUUUGGAUUAUAAAUCCGGGAUUAUAAGAAGUUCGGUCGGGAUGGGGAAGGAACAAGAACUACUAGAAGCGGCCCGGACCGGGAAUGUGGUCCUGGUGGAGAAAUUACUGAGUGGGAAAAGGGGAAUCCUGGGGACAGCCUCGGGCUCCAUACCUCUGCCAAACCUACUGAGCAUGUGGAGAGGCUUGAAUGUGAACUGUGCAGACAGUUCAGGGUACACACCCCUCCACCACGCAUCACUGAACGGACACAGGGACGUGGUGUUGAAGUUGCUCCAGUUUGAAGCCUCCACCAAUGUGGCUGACAGUAAGGGCUGCUUCCCCUUGCACCUGGCCGCCUGGCGUGGAGACGUAGACAUCGUCCGUAUCCUCGUCCACCACGGGCCCUCACACUGCCGCGUCAACCAGCAGAACCAUGAGAGGGAGACGGCGCUGCACUGUGCGGCCCAGUACGGCCACUCUGAGGUGGUGUCCAUCCUACUGCAGGAGCUGACAGACCCCACCAUGAGGAACAGCCGCGACGAGACGCCCCUGGACCUGGCUGCACUCUACGGACGACUUCAGGUGGUCUGUAUGUUGGUGACCGCCCACCCCAACCUGAUGAGCAGCCACGGGACAAGGCGCCACACGCCCCUGCACCUGGCCGCCCGCAACGGGCACCACUCAGCCGUGCACACCCUGCUGGAGGCCGGCAUGGACGUCAACUCCCAGACGGAGAAUGGCAGUGCUCUCCACGAGGCAGCUCUCUAUGGGAAGAUGGAUGUGGUUCGUCUGCUGCUAGACUCAGGUAUUGAUGCCAACAUCACAGACUGCCAGGGAAGGACAGCUCUGGAGAUCCUCAGAGAACACCCCGCACAGAAGUCCCAGCAAAUCACUGCACUCAUGCAAGAAUAUAUGAUGGAGGAGAUGAUGGACAAUAAGAGUAUGUUGAUGGAGGAACCUAUUCGCCAGUGUCCUGUCCCCACACCUCGCACCUCUAUCCCCUCUCCCUCCGCCUCCCCCUCCCUCAGGCACAAAAAUGAUGCUGUGACAGGGGAGCUCUCCAAGCUGCUGAAUGAGAUGAAGAUGUGUCGGGACAGAGACUACUCCUUUGAGGAGCUCUGCCAGACCAUCUCAUCCCACUCUCAUUCCAUGGAGAGCUUUGGCAGCGGUCACCUAUCAGACGAGGAGCGACGCAGUAACGGCACCCUGAGCAGAGUCAGAAAGCGGCCCACUCCCCCACUUCCCCCAGCCCAGGAGGAAGAGGAGGGGGAGAAGAGCUGUGGCCCUGCUGGGUUCUGGGAGGCCCUCACACCCUGCAACGGUUGUCACAACCUGGGCUUCUCCAGCGUGUCACAGGACUCGAGGCGCUCGGCGGAGAUCGUACCAUCGCCCUCCCUUGACGUGUUCUUACCGGAGGAUGAGGACAAUCCGUAUGAGUCCGUCACCACCGCCGUGACCCGCAAGCCCUGCUCGCUGGACAUCAGCCUCUUCAACGCCUGCCCCCUCAACGGCCACUCUCCCCAGGUGAUGGUGACUGAGCCGGAGCUGUGUAACCAUAGGAACAGCUCCUCACCGACGGGUCCUACUCCAGACUGCUCUCCCCCCCCAGACACUGCCCUGAAGAGCAUUGACAGAGUCAUCCACCCACAGCCCAAACAGCGGACCUCCCUCUCCUCCUCCCUGGAUGUCCAGAACCAGAGGCCAGUCAACCACAGCUGUGAUCCCUCUGAGGUGAGCUCGUCCCUGGGCUACGCCAGCUUCAGCACCAGCCCCCCUGCCAGCCCGCCAGUCAGCCCCAACCAGGACUCACCUGGCUCCAACAACGACUGCCCCCCCACAGACGACGGGCCGUACCAGCAGAACCCUCCCCCCGCCUCUUCCAAUACACUCCCACUACCAGACGACCGACGACAGAGCCUCGUCCCUGUAGAGUUCGCCGGCCUACUCCACGGCUCCUCGCCGGCCUGCGAGACGCCCGACACACCCUACCACCUCUACACCUCCAACACCAACCCCAAAGCCCGAAAACACACCCCCUCGGACCCCCACACCAGCCCGGUAACCAACCUCGGUAACCACGGCAACCUCACUUCGGUAACCCAGCCCCCUGAAUUAGGAAUUGGACCGCCACCGCCUCUCAUUAUCCCUCACACAGGAAACAAGGCGUUGGCUCUGAAGAUCCCCAAAGACCCCAUCAAAGACGACAGACCCCCCAAACCUCAGGUAGUCUAUCGCACCAUCUUCCACACCCGGGUUAACCAGAACCCCCAGAGCGCCUUGCCCUCCUCCUCCUCGCCAUAUGGUUGGAACGGGGAGGCGGUGGUGGUGAGGGUGUGUGUGUCGGGAGCUGGUGGACUCAGGGAGGGGACACCGGUGUCUGGAUACGAGGACAGGGCCUUUACCCUGGGCAGGAUGAGAUCCAUACCUCGCAGUGUGCUGGACCUAAAGCUCUCCAAGUCACUGUCCAAGUCUGACUCCAACCUGGUGGCUGUGUCGCCCAUACAGGAGGAGUACCACUGGGGGUCGGGGGCCAGGGGCCAGGGGCCGAGAGGAAGCUCUAGCCCAGGGGACACCGCCAGUCCUGGGGGCCAGCUAGAGAGAACACCCUCCUUCACUGCUGAAUGGGAGGAGAUUGAUAAGAUAAUGAGCUCCAUUGGGGCUGGCAUCAGCACUGGCACGAGCUCAGAAGGGAUCAAGGAGAAUAAUGCAGGUCCCCGGUGCCCCAUGCAGUCUGUGGGCCAAUGGCUGGACAGCAUUGGACUGGUCCAAUACGAGAACCACCUACUGGCUAACGGCUUCGACAACGUGCAGUUUAUGGGCAGUAACGUGGUGGAGGACCAGGACCUGCUGGAGAUCGGGAUCCUCAACUCAGCCCACAGACAGAGGCUGCUACAGGCCAUACGCCUACUGCCCAGGGUGCGUCCUAUUGGCUAUGACGGUAACAACCCCACGUCAGUGGCUGAGUGGCUGGAGUCUCUGGAGCUGGGAGACUACACUAAGUCCUUCCUCAUCAACGGAUACACCUCCAUGGAACUGGUCAAGAAGAUCUGGGAGUUAGAACUCAUCAAUGUGUUGAAGGUCAGUCUGAUAGGACACAGGAAGAGAAUCCUGGCCUCGCUGGGAGACAGGCUUCACCAAGACCCUCCACAGAAACCCCCACGGGCCAUCUCCCUACGGGAGCCCGGUGGCUGCAACACCCCUCCCCAGAUCCUUCCGGGCCAGGCUGCGUACACCACAGCGGGUGUCCCAGGGGGCUCGUUGGACGUGCAGCACCUCAUCAUGCAGGCGGACGCACGGCGCCGCCAGCGCUCCAACGACAACUACUUAGAGGAGAUGCCUCGCUCCAAACUGGAGCGGCAGAUGGCCCAAGUCAGCAUGCAAGGCGAAUGGUGCGAGCCAAUCACGUUGCGUCCUCCCAACGAGGCCACCUCAUCCACUCCAGUGCAAUACUGGCAGCACCACCCUGAGAAACUCAUCUUCCAGUCAUGUGACUAUGAAGCUUACUACCUGGGCUCCAUGCUGGUGAAAGAGCUGAGAGGAACAGAGUCAACACAAGACGCCUGCUCCAAGAUGAGGAAGUCUACAGAACAGAUGAAGAAAGUCCCGACCAUUGUUCUGUCCGUCUCCUACAAGGGAGUCAAGUUCAUUGACGCUACAAACAAGAACAUCAUAGCUGAGCAUGAGAUCCGUAACAUCUCAUGUGCGGCCCAGGAUCCUGAGGAUCUGUCCACGUUUGCCUACAUCACCAAAGACCUCAAGUCCAGCCACCACUACUGCCAUGUCUUCACUGCCUUCGACGUGAACCUGGCGUAUGAGAUCAUCCUGACCCUGGGCCAGGCCUUUGAAGUAGCCUACCAGCUGGCCCUACAGGCCAGGAAGAGUGGCCAUGGCUCCUCCACGCUGCCAGAGAGCUUUGACAUCAAGCCCAACAAGCCCGUCCCCAAGCCCCGCGUCAACAUCCGCAAGUCUAUGGAGCAGGCGUCGAUGGAGCAGAAGGGUCAUGCCAACGUGCCGUGGAUAGUGGAACCAGGGCAGGAGGCCAAGAGAGGAGCGAACACCAAGGCAAUGCCGGACACCCAUGUCUAUUACUGUGGAAUGUAGCCAGCCUUAAACAUGGACCCUCACACACAAUGCAAAAAGGACUACAAAUGUGGACCCUUCUGUCUCUGUGUCAAAGGACUACAAACAUGGACACUCUCUAACGAACUUGGUGUUUAAGGUUGAUUACAAAACGAGGACAUCUUCCCACAAACAUUGGACCCAUGGACUAUCUGCACACACACACAGACAGUUAAGGGACUGCUUCGUAACAGAUGUCAGUCAGAUAUGUGAAUGUAGACUUUCAUUGAAGCAGCCACAACUCUAGCCCCUGUUCUGCAUUCAAUUGGACCUUGACCUUUGAACUCUAUACCACGGUGACCCAAGGUCUGGACUGUAACGGACAACUGUGUGUAUUUGAAUGGGGACGAGGUAAAGGACUUCUGGUUGGCUCUUUUCCUCUUGUUGAAGUUUUGUUUAACGGUCAAUAAUACAAUAAUGUGGAUAGAAUUGGCCGUGCCGGACCACCAUGCAACAGGUGAGCCCUGUGCCAAGUGGCAUCACAAAGGAUGGCUCCGCCUACCUGAGCAAAACACCAUCCAUCCCAAUUAAAGAAAUAUUCAGAUUAAUGCCGGACGUUUUAAAUGUUUCAUAUGAGAUUACCUUAUGAUUAUUCUUGUGCAAUUCUUGUCUACUCUUGUCUUAAUGUUACAUUAUUUUUAUAUGAUAUGCUGAAAUUAAAAAAUCCGGGCUUGAGAAUGAUUGCCAUCCUUUAAAAAAUAGCAUAAUAGUUCUAUACUGAGAGUGAAUGUUUCAGAUGGCUCCUCUCCUUAUUAUGAAUAAUAAUGGCUAUUAUAAGUAUUGGUGUGUCCGGUCAACACACCAAUCUGUUUCUCAUGGGGCUAGACUCAUAACUCCAAGCAGAUAUUUUACCACAGUAUUCCUGUAUUCUUUGGAUGAAUACAUAGUCCUCUCUAAAUGUACAUAGAUAUUUUGCCAGCUCAUUGUUCAUACAUGUAAUGUAGUAAAACAUUUACAAAAAUAAAGGAAUCAAAUAUUUGCCGCACAUCGCACUGGAGACAAGGUACCAAAAUGAAAAGGUCAGAGUUGAAAAUAAAAUCUAUGGUUCUAGAGAUUGUAUUGGGGAGGGCUGGGACAUCACUGCUGACUAACUCAUGUACAUAGGCUUGGGCUUCCAGCACACAGAUUUUGUACGUUUUGGUCAUUAUUUAUAUCCUUGUAAAUCACAUGGAAUAAACACAACUUGUACUACUAUUAAUCACCA